AUUUCUUGUGGGAAAGCAAAAGGCAUGACUAGGCAGGGUCAGGGAUUUUGAUUAUAUAAACGCGGUGUUCCUGGAACUCGAAGCAGAAAAAUAAGAAAUAUGAAUAACAAGGGGCGAAAUAAAAAUAAGGAUGGAGACCGAGUAGAGCAGCUGCUUCAGGCCGCUCAAGACGAGUUGCUUCUAAAGCUCUCCGUCGAUUCUCAUAUGUCCCGUGUCUCCCCUGACUACCUCCUUCCCGAUCUAGAUCGUCGAUUUCAGGCUCUCAAAACUCGACCAUCUUCAAACCCCAACGCUAAUCAAUCAUCAGCCUCAACAAAUCGCCAACCACCGCCUGAUGCCGAUGAUCUGUUGGCCAGAUUUGCUGCUCUCAAAGCUUCAUCAUCUAGCACUACCACUGCCGCUAGUGCUGUUGCUGGAUUUGGUCAAGAUUGUGGCGGCGACAGCGACGAGGAAGAGGACGAGGUUGAGAAGAUCAUUCAGUGGGCCAAGGACGCUGCUCGUCUCGACCCCUCCCCACCGUCCGAUGAUGAUGUAAUUGAUGACGACAAUGAUUCAACGGACGGCGAGGAUGAGGAUAAAAACAGAGUGGACAAGACAAAGUGUAACUAGUAGGUUUAUUUGAAAAAAAAAAAAAAAGAUUUUUAUUUUUAAAGGUAUUUCAGCAAGUUUUAAUAUCUAUUAGGUGUAUUCUAUUGUUUAAUACAAAGUAAUUCUUGUAACAA